AUGAAGAAGGUUUUAGAGAAUAAUAAGGAUUAUAAUGAAAGAAACUUAGAAAUAUUUAUUUUAACUGAAUGUGAAGUUGCUUCUUUUGAAGACUUUGAAAAGAUUUGUCAAAACCAAAAACAAGCGAUUUGUCUUAAAACUCUUUGUAAAGGAAUAAUUUGUAAAACAUGCAAUAAAACUCUUUGUAAUAAUUGUUUUAAUUCAUCAGAACAUGAAAAUCAUGAAAUCGAAAGUGUUGAAGAGAUUAAUAUUUGUUGGUGUGGUAACGCUCUUGAAGGUUAUUUAGGAUGUAAACAUCAUAAUGGUAGUAUUCAAUUAUUUCAAAAACAAAAUAAUAUUAAAGAUAGAAUAAAGUUAUUGAUCUUAGAAAUUUAUAAUUAUUGUAUAAAUUUAUUUAUUCACUAUGAAGAUAAAAAAGAAAUAUUAACUAUUGUGUUAAGAACAUUAUUAAAAUUUUUACAAUUUAAUAAAGUACAUAAUAUAAUUCAUGAAUGUUUAAAAGAAAAAGAAAUUAUUCAGUUUUGUUCAUAUUAUAAAGAAUUAUUAAAAAAACAAGAAACCCUUCCCUUCUUGAAAUAUUAUUCAUUAAUUAUAGAACUCUUAUUCAUUAAUUCACAACUUCAAAUAACAUGUUUUACUUUAAUAGAACAAAAUCUAUUACCUAUAAAACUUCUCCAUUUAUUUACUACUCCAUUUUAUUUAACUCCAACAACAUAUCCUCAGUGUAAAUUACUACUUAAAACUUUAAUUCAACAACUUCAACUUCAACAAACUGUUCAAUCGUUUCAAUGUCAACAUAAAUUAAUUGUAAGAAAGUGCCAGUCUUCUUUCUACUCAAAUGUUCAAUUAUUAACAGAAGUUAUUAAUUUUAUUGAUGACAAUAUUCUUUUUUUAUAUAUUGAUUUUAUCAUUAAAUUAAAUGAAAUAUUAUCUAAUAAUAUAACCUUUGACUCUCUGGAUAUAUCUUUUUUAGCACUUCAUCAAUACGUUAAAAAGGUUGUAGAAAUAUCUUGGAAAAUUAUUGACCAAAUUUCAAAUAAACUUCUUCUUAAAUUUAUAGAAACCAUUUCAUUCUAUCUCAAAGAACAUUCAACACUUCUUUAUUUAAACAAUCAAUUUUAUGAUAUUCUUAUUGGACUUUUAUUAAUUGAAUUAGAUAAAAGAAAGAUUAUAAAUAAUGUUAUUCAACCCAUUCUUCCAGAGUGUAUUCAAAUAUCAUUUAUUAGACUAUCAUCUUAUCAUCAAUUUAUUCCACAAAUUGAUUUUACUUUUGAAAAUGAAAUAUACCCCUUGAGAGAUAAUCCAACUCUUCCUUGUGAAUAUCAAACAUUAAUGUCUUUUGCUCAGGGUGUUGGAUAUCAAUAUCCGAUUGCUAAAAUUUCUUCAAUCUUUGAAUUAUUAAAUUAUGAGUUAAAAACAAAUGGAUUUAAAUCUUUUAUUAAAAAAUUUAAGGAACAUCAUUUUGAUGAACCCUUUAUUUAUCAAUUAUUAUUACAUUGUAUCACCUUUGAACCAAAUUCAACACUUUUUAUUCAAUCAUCUAUUGACUUGGUUCAGUUAUUCACUUCUCCAACUCAAAUUUAUCAUAAAGAUUCAAUAACUCUUUUAGUCCAGAAGCACUCAUUACAACUUCCUCUUUCUAUUGAUAUUUUUAAUCCUUUAUUUCUAUUAGUUCCUCAAAAUGUUCAAAAAAAUAUUUUCCAUUUAUAUUCAACACUGUGUUAUGCUUAUGACUUUCCAUUAUUGUGUGGUGGUGCUGUUGGUGGAUGGAAAAAGGAGUUGAUAACUAACCAAGAAAUACUUAUCAAUUUAAAUGCUAUUAUAACUAGAAAAAAUGAAUUUGCCAUUUUACUUAUUAAAUUCUUAUGGCUAAGAAUCAAUAGUAAUUGUAUAAUUCAAACACACCCAGUAAACAAAAGAAUAGCAAUUAUCCUAAAAACGUUUUCAACAUAUAGCAUUUUAUGUUCAAAUACAGUAUGGAGGCUAGUGGGUGAAUACAACCAGAUAGAUUCAAAUCUCUAUGAAGAGUUUUAUAAAACUGCCACCAACCAUAGUAAAUAA